AUGGAGACGAGACGGAGUUCACGUAUAAGAGAAGGAAAUCCCCCGAAGGAAGGGUCCAAGGAUGGGAAGAAGUGCAUCGCGAAGGGGGGGAGCAAGGGGAAAGAGGAUACAAAGAAAGGCGCUGGUGGUGGAGGGGCGAACAAGGGUUCGAGCAAAGGUGCAAGUGGAGGACAAGCAAAGGAAGAGAAGGGGAAGAAGACCUCCCAUGGUGAUAAAAAUAAAAAGGAUUUUAAAAGACAAGCAGGGGGCAAGCGUGGGCAAGGGGAGUUGGAAGAGGUCGAUGAGGAAGACGUAUCCGAUGGGACCAACGAACAAGAGGACCCCCCAAAAAAGACCAGCAAGACAGGCAAGGGUUCUUCUUCCAAUCGGGUGGAGGUCACGAAGGGAGAAGCCGCAAAGGGGAAAGGCACGCAGCGGAAGAAAUCUUUAGAGGAGGCGAAUUCCUUUACCACGGCAGACGCUGCAACUGAGUCUGCGAAUUUAGCCUCACUGAAUAAUAGAAGGAGUGAGAGGAAUGUCAAGGGAGGUGGAAUGUUAUUAAGGAGGCACAGUAGAAGUUCGAACGAAAAGGACGGGGAGAAUUGUUCAACGACCAGGAGCAAGAAGGGAAAGGAGGGGACAGGAGGUACCUCUGGAAGUGGUAUUAAAAGAGUGAAGGAUGAAAAUGGGGGGGACCAUUCCCUGAAGAGGGGGAAGUCGAAAGAGGGACUCAGACAAAACGAUUCUGUUAAGAGGGAAGACAAGGGAGGGGGUGGGGGGAGAAGUGGAAAAGGAGGCAAUACUGUUAAGGGGAAGCGUUCAGGGGAGGUGACACAACAACCGGGUGGGGUCACUUCAAGGAAGGGAUCCACAAGUAAAAGUUCAUCCGAUUUGGGUAGCUCCUUCGAGCAGAGGAAAAAGAGCACUGCCGACAAUACGAAGAAAGCGAAAGGGAUAAUCGUUCCCCCAAGCAAAAUAAAGAUUAAAGGAGACGCUACACUUGGUAAGGCAGUGGGCAAGACAAGCGACACGGUAGUCCACGCGACAAGUGGGAAAAAAAGUACACACACCGUGUCGUCCAUGAGUGUGAAUAACUCCCUCUCAGAUAAGAGCGCCUCCCUGCAAGAAAAGGGAAAAGGGAAGGGGAGUCGUAAGGGAGGAGGAGCAGGAGGAGGAGCAGGAGGAGGAGAAGACGAACCCGUCUCAGGUAGCCAUCCAAUCAAAAGUACGGAUUCAGAAGAGCUAGAAAAUAACAGGUCCAAAUGCACCAGCAACAGGAGUAGCAUCACUGUUGAAUUGAGUGAAGAGUUAAGUGCAGGAGGUUUGCCCACUGGAGGAAUGAACGAUGGAGGAGGCAAAUUUCAAAUGAACAGAAGCAUUAAAAGAAGGCUCUCACAAAUAAUUGACACAAUGAAGAAGAAGCAGGUGUUUCAGCUGAUUGGCGAUCAGGACGAGGAGGAUAGGAUUCAGUUUGAAGGACACGAGUCAGCAGGGGGGGGUAUAACGAGCGAGCAGGGUAAAGAAGCCACAGAUGCAAAUGCAGGAAAAAAUAACAACUGGCCAUUCCUGGAAAAAGUGAAUGUAGACGUUAUUUAUAACAAACUGCAUUACGAUUUGUAUAAAGGAGAAGAUGAUUUCCAUCGCGACAUGCUGAUCAUAUUUGACAGAAUCAAACUAGCCAUAGAAAUGGAGAAGAACCCAAAAGAGAAACAGAAUCUGUACCAACUUAGAUGCAACGCGUGGAAAACGUACGAGGGGGAAUUCUACAAACUACUUCUCUCCAUGAGAGGCACGAAGGAGGCCAAGAAAUUUUCGUCCAUGCAGAAGGAGCUGCGUGAACAGGAUGAGAAGUCCUUGGCGCAGAUGCUGGUGCAGUCAAACAAGAUCGCAUUGGAGGAGGAGAAGGAGAAGGAGGAAAAGGCAAAGAAGGGGAAGACCCUACCCAGGUCGAAGGGCAGUGGCGAUAGUGCUGAGCAGCAGUUAGAGGGGAAGCGCCCUUCCGGCGGUAGAGCUGACGACGACCAUACGAACAGGAAGCGAAGCUCGUCUCCCAUUAGCGUGGAACCAAGUAGCCUCCUCGUGGGGAAGAAGCCCGGGGAGGGGGGCCCUACGCCCUUCAGAGUGCGGUUGCGCCUGGGUAGCUUCUCCCUGGACGAUGGUGUGACGGUGAGCAGGGGGACCAACCUGAGGGCUAGCGGCACCAGUUGCACCAGUUCGACCGAUAAGUGGGGCGCAGCAGUGGGUGCAGUAGAAGCCGGAGUAGAAGCCGGAGUAGAAGCCGGAGUAGAACCCGGAGUAGCGUCCCCAGCAGCAGCCAUAGAACCGCUAGCCGAGGAGUGGAGGAGAUUAAUCAGGGACCACGUGUUGCACAAUCUGAUCAGAGACAGCAGCACCGCGUUCUACUUCACCACCCCGGUGUUGGAGGACAAAAAUUUAAAUGACCAGAUUAAGAGCGAAUAUAAAAAAAAAAUAAAGAGACCCAUGGACUACACGACUGUGUCGAGGAACCUAGUCCUUGGGGUCUACGAGAACCCAUGGCAAUUCUACAAGGACCUAAAAUUGAUUUUUCAAAACUGCUUCGACUUCAACCCGGACAUACAACAGAACAAAUACAUAAUAGAAGCUGCAAGGCGAGGACACGAAAGGUCUUCAAAUCUGUGGAGGAAGUGGAAGACGAGGAUUGUGCAGGCGUAUGAGCAGGGAGACUAUGUGGGGAGCGAAGCGAGUCAGGCGGUGGAGGAGUCAGAUAGCGCGCCUUUUAGCCUGGCUAGUUAUGUGGAAUUCGUCAAAGGGUUGACUAAGAAGAAGAAAAAGUUCAGCUGCAUAUACUCGAUGUGGGUAGAGUACUUGUUGGAGAAUCGCGUGAGCUUUGAGGAGCUGUGUAACAUUAGGGAAAUAAAUUGGGGGGCCAUAAAUGAAAAGUGCCAAGUGAGGGUUUCGAGCCCACGAGAUGUGAACCUGCACCUGUUCAGGAAGCCGAAUAAUCGUACCCUGCCGUUUCAUGUGUUUAGGGAGGAGUACCAGACUGUGUUGAGGGAAAGUCGCGAGGAGUUAAGGAUGGAGAGGCUACAACGGGUGCGGGAGCUAGAAGAGGUGGAAAUGCUGGAGGGGGUGGGGCGGUUGUACGAGGAGGUCGGAGCUGAGAGUGUCGCUACGGAAGACGAGGAAGAUGAACAUAUUAGAAUUUUGAUGCAGGAAUACAGCACGUGGAACCACUUGGAGGAGUGGAGAAUUCGUGAAGGACAACUUCAGAAAGAACCCACUUUGAAGCCUUUUAGAAGCAGAAAGCGUAGAAUCCAUAACACCAUCUUUGUUGAUGAGGAUGUAUUUAGCAGUUACCUGGAGGGAAAGAGGAGCUGCGUGGUGAAGUGCGCGAGCAAUGUCUUCCUCGCCGAUUGCUUUUACUACCACAGUGUUGUGCAGAGCUUGGGGGAUUUCGUGGCGGAGGAACGGUUAAGCGGCGUCAGUGGGGAGGAGGCGGACAUGCGAGGAGUGAACGAGAAGGAGGAAAAGUUAAGCGACGUGAGUGGGAAAGAGGAAGGCAUGACAACAAACCAAUCGUCGGAGGCCAUCUCACAACAAGCUGCCACCACCCCCAAGGGGAAAAGAAUAGCCUUCCGCGUGCGAGAGGUGAGCGACAAGAAGCGAGACCAGAGGGCCGUCUGCAAAGGGUUCGAGGAGAGCCCCGAGGGGGAAGACGAGACGGAUGUGUCGUGGGAUGCGCGUCGUGACGGAGGAGCAAGCGUGAUGGAGGGAGGGGUUAGACCCCAAAAAAAUGAGCGCGGAGGGGUGGAAAGCCUAAGCGAAGAACGCGCAGUGGAGGAACCUGAUGAUGCCACCCCCCUCGACAGGACAGUACCCCAGCUAGCCAACGGCACUACGGGGCAUCCCCAAGGCAGAAAAAAAAAAAAAAAAAAAAAAAAAUAG